AUGCGCAUUCCAACAACCACAUGGCUUCUCAGCCUAGGCCUUUCGUCACUCGUUUCAGCUUCAAUCCCAGCCUCGGUCCAAAAUGAGACCGUCACUCGAGGCAUCGAUCUCUUCGAGAUCCAUCUCCCCGUGAACUGGAAGACUGCCGUUGCGCAGGAUGUGCAGUUUGUGUUUGUCAAGGCAACCGAAGGCAUAACCUACCACAACCCGCGCUUCAAAUCCCAAGUGGCUUCUGCGCGCGCCGUCUCAGCUUCUAGCUCCAACACCACGAGACCAAUCCUCCACGGCGCAAUCCACUUCGCCCUCGCAGCGCACAGCACGGGCGCCGCACAAGCCGAGCACUUCAUCGCGCACGGCGGGAACUGGACGGCCGACGGAUCGACCCUCCCCGGCGUUCUCGAGAUGGAGGGGAACAUCCCGGGAAAACUGUGCCACGGGAUGAGCGCCCCGCAGAUCACGGACUGGAUGAUGGACUUUUCGAACCGGUAUAAAGGGCUCACUAGUCGACGGCCGAUCCUUUUCCUCUCGCCGAGCUGGUGGGAGAAGUGUGCUGGGGGUAAUGAGACUUUUGCCGCGGAGCACCCGCUUUGGUUGGCGAAUUGGGCGGAUGAGAUGGGGGGUUUGCCGGCGGGUUGGGAGGGGGCGAUGUUCUGGCAGUAUUCGGGGAGUGCGGGGGAUGGGGUUAGUGGGGAGGGGGAUGUUUUCUUUGGUGAUGGGGGGGAGUUGGGGAGGUUUGCGAGGGGGGAUGUAUAG